CACGCGUUCAAGCCGGUUACAAGUUUUAUCCAGUUCCAGUUGAGGCCAGUUGCUAACAGUCGCCAGUCCGCCGUCACACACGUAUCAUUGUUUUUGUUGUAUUAGUGUAUUACAAUCGUUUCAAACAAUACAACUUCAGUUUUAAAAAAAAUUCCUACAAAUUUUAAUAAUAAACUUUCUUUUUCUACAUUAUUUUAUAUCAAUAUACAAAAAAAAAUACAUACACAAUAUUGCAUUUAACAGAAAUAUUUUUAUUGAAUAUUAUUCAUUGGUGAUCAUCUGCGAGUGAAUUGUUUACAUAUAUAAAAGAUAUAAUUCAAAUAAUUAAAGAAGAGUAAUUUUUGUGAAAAAUAAACCAAACAAUAUUAAUAUUUAUCAUAUAUAUUUGAAUAUUUUUACGCUGUCAAGUAUCUUCAUUAGAAAGUUAAAGAAAGUAAGCAAAACGAUUGGGAAUAUUUACUCGGAUUUGAACUUUUCGGACCUUAAUUUUUAAAUUACAACUCUUUCACUGCAACCUCAUCUGGCAUUAUGUCUGUCACCGAGUGGGAUUAUUCCAUCCAUAAUGGACCCAGCACUUGGGGGGAAAAAUUUCCCAUGGCAGCAGGAUCAAGACAGAGUCCUGUAAAUAUUGUAACAAAUCUUGUUGCAUGUGAUCAUCAGGCUCUUAUUGACAAACCUUUAACAUGGAAAUAUGAAUCCACAUCUUCCAAGGUUUUAGGUAAUCCAGGAUACUGUUGGAAAGUCGAUUGUGAUGGAGAAGGCUCUCUCCUCACUGGCGGUCCUUUGAAGAACGAUGUAUAUAAACUUGAACAGUAUCAUUGCCAUUGGGGUUGCAGCGAUUCAAGAGGAUCGGAACAUACAGUCGAUGGACAAGCAUUUGCUGGCGAGCUUCAUUUGGUGCAUUGGAACGUAAGCAAAUACAAUAGUUUUAUGGAAGCGGCAAACGCAUCUGAUGGUCUUGCUGUUUUAGGAGUAUUUCUCAAGGUUGGAGAAGAACAUGAGGAGAUGAAUAAAAUAGUGCAUCUACUUUCAAAUGUAAUUCAUAAAGACGAAAGUGUCGAAAUCACUGAUCCAAUCGAUCCAAACAAACUUCUUCCUGUUCGGGGUGGACGUGCCGGUAUACAAAGAUGCACAAAUCCGUGUAUGCGUUGGGCUGAUCGAAUUAUUCGUCCCGAUUAUAACAAAUCGGACUCUAAAGAUAAUAAUGGAUAUUGGACAUAUUUGGGUUCAUUAACAACACCACCUUGUAGCGAAAGUGUAACUUGGAUUCUUUUUAAAAAAUACAUUGAAGUUUCUCACGAACAGUUGGUCAUUUUUCGAGGUUUAAGAAAUUUUCCACGUGGUGCAGAAUGUCCAUGUCAUGAUAAUCAUGGAGUGGUAGUUAACAACUUUCGACCACCUCAACCAGUUUCAGGACGCAUUUUACGUGAUUGUGGCAGUUUUUAAAAAUUUUCUUCUAUACUCGAUUAAAGAAAAUAAUAAUAAAACAAAAACAUUUUUUUGUCAAUAAGAUAAUAAUUAUUAGAAAAAAAAGGGUUGGUGGAGGAAUAGACUUUAUAUGCAUUGAAACACUCCAAUUAAUUGAAAAUUUCUAAAUUUCAUAUCUAAAAUUAUCGUAUUUAUUUCCUCACAAAAAAAAACAUUGCACGAUUUUUCAAAUUAAAACAUAUUCUCUGAAAGUUGAGAAAAAAAAA